AUGAAUGAAAGCUCUGGAGGUCUUCAGUCAGAGCACUAUCAUCAUCAUGGUUCCUCAACCUCAUCAUCAUCAUCACCACCAUCUUCACCGCCGUUAUCAUCAAUAUUUUCAAAACAACCAUCAAGGUUCGAAGAUUUCAAUCAACCAAGAGCUACCUCCCUCUCUUCCGAUCCAACCCAUUCAUCUCUUCUCACACAAGUCAUAUUAGACCACGGUCAAACGGAUGAUUUAUUCUCGGAAUCGUCACUACCGACUUUUCAGCCAAUUUCAUUACCACCAUCCACUUCACCAUCCACUCUGAAUGAGUCUGACAAUCAAUCUUCUCCCAAAAAAAAGACAAAUUCAACCAACAAAACAAAAACUCCAAGAAAACCCUAUGUUAAACGUGCUUGUGUUAAUUGUAAACAAAGUCAUGCAGCUUGUGAUGAUUCAAGACCAUGUAAACGAUGUAUAUCCUUGAAAUUAGAAGAUCAAUGUGUGGACGCUGUUCGAAAAAAGUCUACUUCUCAAAAAAGAAAAAUCAAUUCAAAGGAAAGUGACGAAGAAAAUUCAACAACAAUAUUAAACAAAUCCGAAAAGAAGGGAAAGAAAAAUAAGAGUAUCACUGAUCUUCAUAGUGAACUUGGUGCGGACAGUAAUAAUGGACCCAAUAAUCCUAGUUCAUCAACCGAGGAUAUAACUCGACAUGAUUCUACUGAAACGAUGAAUAAUCACAACUUGACAUCUCAACAACUAGUUGGUCACACUGCAUUUCCAUUAUUACAUUUUAACCCUGGUCAUGCACCACCUUAUUUUGUAAUGAUCCCAAUGAUUACAAAUUCUGGAUCCUCUUGUCAUGCACCCACUACGACUACUACUACCAUGAAAUCAAAUAUUUCUUUACCUGAUACGAAUCAACCACCACGACAUUCCUCACUCGUCUCUCAACAACCAUCAUCAUCAUCAUUUCCAAUAUCAUCAUCUUCACCAUCAACCACCUCAUUUUCACCCUUCCCUUUCAUUCCUUCCACCACUGCAGCUGUGCCUCCCUUUCCAUCACAUCAACCAUUACUCACAUCGUCUUCACUUCAAACUCAUGCACUCUCUAGUAAUAGUACCACCACUAAAACUAAUAGUUCUCAACAACAUCGCCAUUUUGGCAACAACAAAAUGAUGACCACAUCCAACUCUACUGCACCUCAUUCACCCUUAGAUUUUCUUUCAGAAAAUGGUUCUGAAUUGUUAGUUUCACCUGCUCUUUCUACUCCUUCAUUCUUUAGUAAUCCCUUCCCUUCACAUGAAAAUGGUAGCAAUCAAAUGGAUCAUUUGAAUAAUAAUAAUGGUGGUAAAAAAUCAAAUCCUCCAAAUUCUCUCUCCUCUCUGAAUAACACUUUCAGUGAUGAAGAAGGAGUGGUAGACAUUAUCACCCAAGAAGCAUCCUUGUUAAAAUCUCAAAUUGCAAAACAUGGUGUUCAUUUCCAAGAUGAAACGUCGAACGGAAAUUCAAAUCAUGGAGAUGAUCAUGAAAAUAGUAGAGAUAGUGCUGAAAAUACUCAUAUUUCACAAAGUAAUUUAGAUGAUCUUGCAUUACUUUCACCGUUCUUAAAUGAAAAUCAAGAAUUAGUGAAUUCAGAAACUGAAAUUAGAAAUUUGGCAUCCUCUGCGAGUAAAUCCAGAUUGGAAGAUUUAGUGCUACUGAUGUGGAAAAAACAAAACACCCAAACACAAGAAAUUCAAGAUUUGAAACAAUUGGUGACAGAAUUAAUGUCCAUUGUAAAGCAAAGCAAGUUCAAUAGAGAUUCAAAAUAA